UCCUUUUCUGACACAUAGUCACAUGAGCACAUGGUGUGAGAAGAAGCCAUGACAGCAGAGCUACAGAAGGUACUUGAUGCUACAGAGAAUAAACUAAAAGAUCUGGAAACCAAACUUACUAACAGUGAAGCUCAGAUUGAGAAACUCCAAAAGGAAAACCAAGUCAUGGCAUCAGAGCUACAGAAGGAACGUUGCACCACAGAGAAUAAACUCAAAGCUCUGGAAACCAGACUUGCUAACAGUGAAGCUCAGAUUGAGAAACUCCAAAAGGAAAACCGAGACAAACCAAAGGUGGCAUUUUCAGCUGCAUUAGGAUCAAAUGGUUUCUUUGGACCAGUAAACGCAGAUACAACACUGGUUUACAAGAAAAUCUACUCUAAUGUUGGUGAUGCCUACAAGCAGGACACAGGGAUUUUCACUGCACCGUUACGAGGAGUUUACUAUUUCAGUUACUUCUACCAUUGUGGAGUUAGUAAUCCAACAUGGUUGGCCUUGUAUAGAAAUGGAAAGCAAGAAGUAGUAACAGGACAUCACAAGAGUGGAUGUCAUACAGAGAACGGAGGCAAUGGCUUAACGCUGCUGUUGGAGAAAGGGGAUCGAGUCUAUAUGGUACUCCAAAAGAAUGGAUGGAUCUGGGAUCAUGUCAUAGAAAAUGGCACAAUGUUCAAUGGUUUUCUUAUCAAUGCCAUGUAAACUAAAUACACCCGGGGAACAAACAGAACAGUUAUGCAACGUUAUGGGUUUACAGGUUAAGGUGAAAUAUCAGGCUACUUAAUCCAGUCUUUGUUUGAUGAGAAUGAAUCAUUGAAACAUCAAAAUAACCAGCUUUGAAUUAUUUUAAUAUGGCUAUUUACUCUUUUUGAUCAAAACAACACCAUCUUUAAAGAAAGUGUUUGUUAGCAUUUGUUUCCAUGGUUACUUGUUUGAUUAAUGCACUGCACCUGCUUUAUUCUUUGGUUUGGAUUAGUUUAUAUAGUAUUGAGUAUUGGGACGAAUAUUUCUCUUACUAACAAUCAAUCAUUUAAUCAGUUAUUUUAAUCAUAAGAUAUCAUAGUUUUCAUCAGUUUCAUCGUCAGUUUUCAUAAUAUAUAAGGUGGUCAGUUUUUCUGUAUGUUCAGUCUCAAUCUGAUAAUCGUGACUCAAUUUUGAUCUUUGGCAUUCUGAUUCAACAAGAUCUCGGCAAACUUUAUUUUUAGGCAAGAAUAUUUUACUCAGAUUUUGUUAAGAUCUUAAGAUUUUUACUAACAUUUUACUUAGAUAAUACUUGGAUUUUGACUUCAGUAUUUCAGAUAUAUUGGAAGUUGGUUUCUAACUUUGUGCUACUCUUUUAUCAUAAUUUUUCAUUAUUAAAUUUGCAUUUUUAUCAUUCCAAAUUAAUAUGUCUAUCAUUUGAUCAUAUUUUAUUAA